CAUUCCCAUUCCCUCUUGUUCCCUUCUCUAACGAUUGAUUCAUAAAAAGAAAGGAAGACACACCGGGAAGGGAAGCCAUGGAGGAUCCGAAUGAACGCCACUCGCCGGAGGUCUUUGCCCCCGCCGACCUUUUUGUCCCUCCGAACAUAGAUCGUGCUCGACUCUUCGCCGGAGAAUCCUACGCCUACUACUCACCAUGCCCUUCGGAAACGGAUCCUGAAUUCGAGAGCUCCAGUCCGACUAGAUCAUCUUCUCGCACAAAUUACGUUUUGGGGGUCGAUGAAGCUGGACGCGGCCCCGUUCUGGGGCCAAUGGUAUACAGUGCAUUUUAUUUACCGCAUGAUCUCCACCAUCCAAUUCUGGCGCAACAGUACAGCUUCGAUGACAGCAAAGUUCUGACACCCGCUGUGCGUGCCAACUUAAUGGAGACGCUCUGUACCCCGGGCACGCCGUUGUUCCAAUCGUCCGGAUGGGCGACUAAAAUACUCUCCGCUCGGGACAUCUCGUCUGGCAUGAUGCGUCUUGGGACAGGAGCUUACAAUCUGAACGCGCAAGCGAUGGAUGCCACCAUUGAACUCAUUCAAAACAUUGUCGAGGUCAAAAAGGUGGACAUAAGAGAAGUUUACAUUGACACAAUCGGCAACCCUGCCGUUUACCAGCAGAAACUGGAGCGCAUUUUCCCUUCUUUACGGAUUACCGUUGCCAAAAAAGCUGAUUCAUUGUACCCAUGCGUUAGCGCCGCAAGCGUCGCCGCCAAAGUGACUAGAGACGUGGCACUAGAACUAUGCCACCAGAACGUACUGGUGGCCCAAGCACCUCAAAAUGCCUCCCAUCAAAAUGCUACGGAGAGCUGGGGUAGUGGCUAUCCAUCUGACUCAAAGUGCGUUCGCUGGCUUCGAAGAAACAUGGACCCUAUAUUCGGGUGGAGUAACGAAUGCCGCUUUAGUUGGGGUACUGCGAAGGAAAUGUUAGAGCUCAAGGGGGGUUCCAAGGUUGAUUGGCCGGUGGAUGGAAACAAUUCGCAGUUGCGGGAAUUCAUGUUGGCAUCGUCCUCUGGUAAUGGAGGGACAGCUGCCCAUGAACUAGGGCAGUGGUUUGGAAGCAAACCGACUGAGGUUCUUUGAUUGAGAGCAGGAGAGCUGGGAUUUUGUGAUGAGCCACACACACAAUCAGCAUUAAUGAUCAUGAUACCCCCUCUUUGAUAACCAUUGGAAUAGAAACAGACGGUCCUCUCC